GGAAAAGCUGACUGAAUAAUUAUUAGUAUGACCAGACUGCACGGCCAAGGCCAGGAGCGGCUUGCUUCGUUUCCCUCACAUCAGUCUCCUGGUAGUAGUCGAGAAGCAUAGCGUCGCCGGGGCAGCUGCCCUCAGUGCUGGGCCCCAAUGGCCUCCGCAGCUUUUCCAAGAUCAAGCUGGAUGGCUGAGGACGUGGGCGCGUGCAAAAUGCUGUCGCCAUUUCAGUUCUGCUUUCCUGGAACGCACGACUCCGGGGCGUGCUUGAGACUCACUGGAGGUCCCGUCCUAGGCCUGAGUCCUUUCCUGAAUUGCCUCUCCGGAAUGCCUGGUAUUCGAGAGUGUCUGGCACGUUGGACCAUCACCCAGCCCGGACUGACAAUCUACAACCAGCUGAUGGGCGGAAUCAGGUUCCUGGACCUGCGCAUUGGCACAGCAUCACACAACAUACACGGCGAGGAGGAGCUGACCUACAUUCUCACUCACACAUUCAUGGUCGGGUAUCUGGAGGAGGCAUUGGACAGCAUAGUGCACUUUAUUGACGAGCAUCCGACGGAGAUGAUUGUCAUUGCCUUUGUCCUUUCCAGUGGGGUAGAGGAAGACGCUCUCCAGAGGUUCGUGGAGUCGCACCUGGGCAGCUAUGCAUGCCCCGAAAGCGCCCUGUUUCCUAGGAACGGUGCGGGUGCAACAGCUAGUGCAACGCUACCAGGACCAACAGUUGUACAAAAUACCAGUGUGCAUUCACUAACAAGUGCAGGGCACAAUCUGCUGCUGUUAGGGAACGUUGACCAACCGGACAGAUCAGCCUCUAACCCAUCCAACGUGUGGCUGGACAAGUCACUCCUAGCGUCCGGCACCUUCGUCAGCUUGUGCAACGUGCAUGCAAAGACGCAGUUGAACCGACAGCAGCUGAAGGACUACCUUGCGGCAAUACCAGAGGAGAAGAGGAGGAGGCACCUGUACCAGCUGCCUCACACGGUAACACCGCAGACAAGCAGUAUUGUCUGGGACGUGUUGACUUGCCGCUCGCUGCCCGACCAUGCACGCGAGAUGGACGCCACCCUGCCUGGCUUCGUCCUGGACGAGCUGACGCGACACGAGCGCGAUGCCGUGAACAUCAUCACCGUGGAUGACUACUCGCACUCGGACGUCGUGCAGGUGGCCAGGCAGCUGGUGCGCGAGCGAUGGAACACUGUAUCCGAUCACUGACCUUCCUCUGUCCAAUACCUUCACCUGGUUAAUAUACUAGUUAUUACCCUCGCUAAUACCCUGGAUAAUACUCUCACCUGGUGUCUUGCGUGUCUUGGUGUCUUCAACUUCAUUUUUUAAUACUCUCACCUAUUAAUUUUAUGCUUUCCACUUAUCUGGAAGAAAUGAGACAGAAAGUGUAAUGACUAAUGCGUUGGAAUGCUUUCACAUGUGUUUUUCCAGAUUUCUCAUUACUGUUUUCUGAUGAUCGCUUAGUGCGUGAAACUCGGAGUAAAAACACUUUCUCUGUCCUCCUAUUGUUUUGUUUUGUUUUUUACUUAAAAAGUUAAUGUCACUUACAUUCACACGUCCAAUCCUGGUGUUGACAGUCAAAUUGUUUUCUUCAGA